AUCGCGCUCAGCUAAUCCAAAGGGAUUUGGGUUCUGACCCCCGCAUCCGGGCUGGCAGCGGUGCGCGCUGCGAGGCCCCAGAAUGGUGAAACAACCGAGGCCGCAGAAGGCAGCGGGGAGCGCCGGGGAGAGGGGACCGCGGUGGGGUCGGGGAGCUGGGCAGCCACGCUGCGCCUCCGAGCCGCGGCUGGCUGUGUUCCUGCCCACUGCUUGAUCAGAUCGGCUCCAAUCUGCGGCGGCAGCGGCCGUGCCCGCUGUGUCGGGCCGGGAGCGGAGCGGCGGCGGCACCCGGAGCCCGGCGAGGCGGCGGCGGAGCUCGGAGCGGCUCCAGCCCAGGGUGCCACCAGCGCCGCUGUAAAGCUGCUCCCGAGGCCGAGCUCCCAAAGGCUUUGCCGGCGCUCCUGGAUGGGUCGGGAGCAAGGUGCUGAUUGUUCCAGGCAGAGAGAUGGCGGCUGUGAGCUGGAGGAGAGUGAAGUCCGCUCCAUUCAUGAGAUGGUGAAUGAGCCCCCGGAGAACAGAUCAGCAACAGGGAAUACACUCAGAAGAUUCCUGGGUGAACGGCUCAGGCGCCAUCCCGUGGGCACGGCGCUGCUGAUCCUGCUGCUGCUCCUGCUGCUGCUGGCUCUGCUGGUGGCCUUGGCUGUGCUGGCAGCUCCGCAGGCUCCAGUGACAGCUGCCACUCCACAGUGUGUUCUGGGCUGUCCCUUUGACUGGGUUGGGCACAAGGGGGUCUGCUACUACUUCUCAAGGGAUUACGGCACCUGGGAGCAGGGUCAGGAGCGCUGCUCCGGGCUGAACGCCUCCCUGGCCAUUGCCAAGGAUGAGGGGGCCAUGCUGCCACUCCUCUCUCCCGGGCAGGAUUUGCUCUUCCGCCUCCGCGGGAACGGCGAUUACUGGCUCGGGCUGCGCAGACGGGGCCAGCGCCUGCACUGGGGGGACGGCAGCAGCUACAGCUGCCGGGUUCCUGUCUUUGGCGAUGCCGAGUGCGCGUACCUGGCUGACGAUGGAUUCAGGAGUGGGAACUGCUCAAAUCCGCGGCCGUAUGUCUGCAACAAGGCCCAAGCUCCCCUGUGACGGGGGCUGCAGAAAGGACCUUCUCCACGCUGGGCAGUGCCAGCUUCCCCUCUCAGCCCAGCCCAGGAAUGUC